AUGGCUGGGAAGGUUGGGCACAUCCAGUUGGGCACCUAUGUGGAGAUCAAGUGCAGCAAUGGGUGCAUCUACCCGGCACUGGUGACGGAGCUCCAUGAAAGCACUUUCAGCAUCACCGUGGAGUGGCUCAAGAAAGAGGCCAACAAGAGCAAGCAGGUGGAUCUCCAGCUCAUCUUUGCUCUCAAACCUCACCUAGCCCCAAGGAGCAUCUCCGUGACCAGCAUCGAGGCCCCACUGACAGCAAAAAGGGACCUGAGCCUGGUGAGUGAACGGCUGUUUUAUCCCAUCAAAGUGGAGAAGUUAUCUGGGGACAGCAGGGGCCCCAUGGCUGCCUGACCUGGCUCCAGGGGCUGCAGACCUAGAUGGACAUCACCAUGUGUCUGGCAGGCAGAACAUCUGUGAGAACAGUGGGAACACUGGUGGCUGGAGAUGCAGGAGCAGCAAGCCCAGCUGGCCACGCUUCACCUCAGGACUGAUGUGAUGGCCAUGAUUGAGAAGUGCAGCAGCCACCCGGACUGGGAGGCACUCGGGGCCACCACACCAUGGCAGCCCCAUCGCGUCUGUGUGUGUGUUCAGAAGCGGCCACUGAACCAACAGGAGGCUGAGCUCAACUUCAGUGUGGUGUCAGUGUCCUGCCAGGACAUAUUGAUGGUGCAUGAAGCUAAGCAGAGGCUGGACCUCACAUAGUACCUGGACAAUCAGGUCUUCCGCUUUGACUAUGCCUUCGAUGGUUGUGCCACCAAUGAGGUGGUGUACAGGCACACCACCCAGCUGGUGGAGACCAUCUUCCAGGGGAGCAUGGCAACCUGCUUUGCCUGGGGCCAGACAGGCAGCAGCAAGACACAUACCAUGAGGAGAAGUUUCUUUAUUAAGAAUGCUGAGUCCUCCAAAGGAAUCUGCGUCCUGGUUGCCCAGGAUGCCUUCUACAGGCUACAGGACCCCAGCUGCCAGGAACUGGAGCUUUGAGUCUACAGGACCUUCUCUGAGAUUUGUGGGAGGAAAGCGUUUGCCUUUCUGAACUGGAAGAAGCAGAUGAGAGCGCUGCAAGGUGGUAAAUGGCAGAUCCAAGUGGUGGGGCUGUGGGAGGAAGAAGUCACCAGCGUGGAAGAUGUCAUCAAGCUAAUCAAAAUGGGUAGCGAGUGUCGCAUGUCAGGCCAAGACCUCUGCCACACUCACUCCUCCUAGAGCCAUGCCAUCUUGGGGUUCAGGCAUAAGCUACAUGUUCUGGUAUUUGCUCCCCGGGUACCGGUGGGACCAGCAGCUGCAGUGCCUUAUCCCCAGUGCUGGCGACGAGCCCACCAGGCCCGAAGGUGGGUGUGA